AUGGCUACCACUUCAAAUAGCCAAGCAGUAAAAUCUUUGAAUACAGGCCCCGGUCGACGUCGCUUUAUUUUCAAGUCGUUCUCGCAAAGAAUAGAGGAAAUUGACAUUGAUGUAUACAGAAGUCUCGACCCAUUGAAAGCCGAGCCCUCCGAAGGCUCCUCCUUUUUCCGUGACUGUAUCAUAGAAUACAGAGAAUUGAACACUGCAGAGGAUUUUAUUUCAUUUUAUGAAGAAAUGUUCCCUUUGGUACAAACACUGCCACAAAUCAUAUUGCAGAAGGAAUUGAUACUCUCGCAUCUUCUUUCUAGACUGAAAAUGAGAGGGAGAUUAUCACUUGAACCCAUACUAAGGUUGAUUGCUGCUUUAUCUAGAGAUCUUCUGGAAGAUUUCAUACCCCCUGCCUGCAGCUUGUAUUAUGAGGCAGAUGCCUCAGAUUUAGAUUAG